AUGGAAAAGAUAAAAGAGAAGCCAACGGCAAUUCCCAGUGAGGAGAUGCUAGUCAAAGAAGAAGUAAAGACAAAGGACCUCAGCCCCUUGGCCAUCGACGAGAAGGUACCUAUUGAUAAAUCUCAGAAGGAUAAGUCACCAAGUCCUGUUGAGGCCAAAGAAAAGGAGGUUCCCACUGAAAAGGUGGAAGAGAAACCAACGACAAAACCUAGUGAAAAAGAUAUUUCAUUCGCAGAUGAAGUGCAGGACAAAACACCAAGUGCCUUGACUGCUGAGGAAAAAGCGCCCUUUGACAAGAUGCCAAAGGAAAAGUCACCAAGUCCUGUUGAGGCUGUAGAUAUAGAUCUUCCCAUGGAAAGGAAGGAAGAGAAGCAAAUGCCGAUUUCCAGUGAGGAGAUGCUAGUUAAAGAAGAAGUAAAGACAAAGGACCUCAGCCCCUUGGCCAUCGACGAGAAGGUGGAAGAGAAACCAGCGCCACUACCAAGUGAAAAAGAUAUUUCAAUCGCAGAUGAAUUAAAGGAUGAGACACUAAUUGCCUCGACUGCUGAGGAAAAAGUGGCCCUUGACAAGAUACCAAAGGAAAAGUCACCGAGUCCUGUUGAGGCUGUAGAUAAAGAUCUUCCCAUGGAAAAGAAGGAAGAGAAGCCAACGACAAUUCCUAGCGAGGAGAUGCCAGUCAAAGAAGAAGUAAAGACAAAGGACCUCAGCCCCUUGGCCAUCGACGAGAAGGUACCUAUUGAUAAAUCUCAGAAGGAUAAGUCACCAAGUCCUGUUGAGGCCAAAGAAAAGGAGGUUCCCACUGAAAAGAAGAAGAAAAGGUGGAUAUUUCAAUCGCAAGAAAAGGACAAGACGCCAAGACAAGACCCCAAGUCCCUUGACUGGACAAAGGACCUGAGGAAAAAGCGCCCUUUGACAAGAUGCCAAAGGAAAAGUCACCGAGUCCUGUUGAGGCUGUAUAAAGAUCUUCCCACUGAAAAGAAGGAAGAGAAGCCAACGACAAUUCCUAGCGAGGAGAUGCCAGUCAAAGAAGAAGUAAAGACAAAGGACCUCAGCCCCUUGGCCAUUGACGAGAAGGUACCAAUUGAUAAAUCUCAGAAGGAUAAGUCACCAAGUCCUGUUGAGGCCAAAGAAAAGGAGGUUCCCACUGAAAAGGUGGAAGAGAAACCAGCGCCACUACCAAGUGAAAAAGAUAUUUCAAUCGCAGAUGAAUUAAAGGAUAAGACACCAAGUGCCUUGACUGCUGAGGAAAAAGCGGCUCUUGACAAGAUACCAAAGGAAAAGUCACCGAGUCCUGUUGAGGCUGUAGAUAAAGAUCUUCCCAUGGAAAAGAAGGAAGAGAAGCCAACGACAAUUGCC